AUGGACGACGUCCGGACUCUUAUCUCUACCCUCCAUCGAAGCAUCACCCUGCUCCUGCCUUUCACAGACCCCUCCAAACCGCUGGUGCAAGAUGUAGCGCACACAAUCGCCCUCUGCGCCAUCCUCUACUACGCUCCUCACUUCCUCGAGCGAUACCGCGUCUAUCAGCAGCGACUCCACCAUGUACAUCCCCCAGUAGUAACAACGCCGGCCACACCUACCGAGACGCCCGGCAUGGAAGCCAUGGAGGGCCCUGGAGCACCGCAACAUCAAGUACACGACCCACUACCAGCCAAUCCCACAAACCAGCCUCCAGCCGCACCCCUCGAACCUCUCGACGACGACGCUCCUCCUCUCCUCGUACCCGCUGGACCCGAGCCCGAUUCCGACCCCGAAGAUGGCCCCGCAGCCCGCCCCAUCCGCGCUCCCCGCCAAACCGUCGGCGCCAAAAAAGCCAAAUCCCUCGCUCGCCGCGAUCAGCGCCGCGCCUACCACGAGUUCCAGCGCUCACGCGGAGAAGCACAACGCGCUGCCGACGCUGCUGGGGCUGCGGAACGAGAGGCCGCACUUGCAGCUGAGCGGUCACGGCGCGCUGCUGUCGAGGCUGAGCUAGAGGAGAGGACAAGGCGGGAGCGGGAGGAGAAGAGGACUAGGGAGGAGGAGGAACGGAGGGAGGAGACAAGGGUCAGGGGAGAGGUUGUGAGGGUUGUAGGGGAAGGGUUGGAGAGGAGAGGAUGUGUGGAUUUGGGGGACGUAGCGAGGGGCGUAGGAAGAGAGAGGGGGUGGGUUGAGAAGUUGGUGAGGGUUUCGGGUUUGGUUGGGGGACGGAAGGAGGAUGGGGUUGUGGCGAUGGUGACGGGGAGGGGGUGGGUUGUUAGGGUUGACGAGGGGAUCAUGAGGGAGUCGUAUAGGAUCGCGCUGGAGGACGACCACCAGAGAAAACUGAAGGUCACUUUUGAAGAGUUGGGUAGCAUCAUCGAGGGCGUAGUAGUGGCUAGGGCCACGACUGGAAAGCGCGCAGGAUGA